AUGUGUGGCCUUGUUGUGUUUCUCCUGCUCAUCCUCCUGGCUGGUGGAGCUGAAGCUUUUUGUGUCUGUGCUUUCAAUGCCCAAAGACUAAGACUGGCUAGUGCCAAGGAGUCAGUGAUAGAUAUCUUAGUUCAAAUCCUGGUCUGCUGUGAUACCUUGGUGCUUCAGGAGGUAGUGAAUUUUUCCCAGAAUACUGUCCCCCUCCUGCUUUGAGAGCUUAAAAGGCCUUGCAGUCCAAGUGUGGUGCUAGUCCCACUCCUCUACACCACUCCCAAGUAUGUAGAAGAGCUGAAUGCCCUAUACUUAGAGGUGAUGGCUUGCAUGGGAGAGGGUCUGAUUCUGCUUGUAGACUUCAAUGCUCACUGUGCAUCACAGAUGUUUCAACAGCUACUCCAUACUGAGGCAGGAUUCCACUGGGUGAUUCCCAGACAGGACACUACAGUGUGGGACAGCACCAACUGUACCUAUGAAGGCUGCAGCUCCCUUUUGACUUCCUCAGCUUUCAGCUGA